AUGUCGAUUCGGGUGGUGCUACAUAACGUUCCCAGCAAGGCCUUGGGGCGCCGCCUCCUAAGCACGUUUGGCAAAGGAGUCCAUGAGAACCAGACCUUCGGCCUCCCUGAUGGCCGCGAAUACUCGGAUUCGCCGAGUACGGUAGCCGCCUCGGGCGUGGACGAGCUGGCUCGUCGGCGUGGCGUCCGUGUUAUCUCACUGGACCGGCCAGGCUAUGGUCCGUCUACCACGCAGCCUAACCGGACCAUCAUGGACUGGCCCGCCGACAUCCAGGCUUUUGCGGAGGGCAUGAAACUUGACAAAUUUGCCAUCAUCGGCGGCUCAGGUGGCGGGCCUUACGCACCGGCAUGCGCACACGCACUGCCGCGGGAGAUGCUGGCCGGCGUAGGCCUUUUUGCCAGCGCGCCACCGUGGGCGGCUGGCGCGCAUCACAUGUCGCGUGUGCAGAGGGUGAUGUGCUACAUGGCCAAUAACACGCCUGGGGUAUUGAGCGCCGUCAUGCGUGUUCUCGUGGGCGCUGCUAAGAAAAUUGCGGAAUCCAAGCCGGGCCAGAGGAAACUCGAUGAACUGAUUGAGAAGCUGGACAAGGAAGCCGGGCUGCACAAGCCACAGACUUGGGAAAGCGAAGAGGCUGAGGCCAAGGGUAAAAAAGACCAGCGCGACUUUACGAUGAAUCUACUCGUUGGUGAACCGAUGAGGCAGGGCGUGGAUGCUGCGGUUCGCAAAGCAAAGCUGCUGUCUGCUCGCGACUGGGGAUUCAAGUUUGAAGAUGUCGGCUACAACCAGGUCUGGAUAUGGCAUGGGGCCAAUGAUGCGAAUGCUCCUAUUGUCAUGGUCGAAUACUUGGCCAAGAGGCUGCCCCAUUGCACACUCCGCGCGUUCUCAGAUGAUACCCACUUCACCAUGUUCAAACGUCUUGAGGUCGCUUUGGACGACUUGUUUCAUGACGAAAACCGAAAAUCAUAA